GGACAAUUAUCGGUGUUUUACACCACUUUCUUUAUUAUUAUCUUUAAUUUAAACAACUAUACAACUCCGUGGCUUGGCGUCAGGAACCCAAUCCACGGUCUUAAACCUGUUAUCAAAAAGACAUAGAACGGCGUAUGGACUAGCUUUAUAGGUCCACUGAGUCAAAAGAGCACCAGACCAAACCAAACCAAACCAAACUAAAUCAAAUCACUUUUUUAUUAUUGUUGAUAAAAUUACCUGGAAACGAAAUGGAAAAUUAUACAAAAUGCGAAGAUACUGAGGUGAACAAUGCAUCUUUAGCAAAUAGUCAAGUGAAUCAAGCUUCUUGUGAAACAAAAUCUGUGGUGGAUAAUAAUAAGAAUACGCAAAUUCGUGUUGUUCGAGGUACUAAGAAACUUAAAAUCGACAAUGAUUUUGUCAACAUCGAGAAGAAAGAUGUAAAAGAUGAGGAUGCAACAGAAGCUAAAGUAAAAUCUUUGAAACGGUCCUGCGAACUAUGGUCUCUGGAAGAUAAAAAUACUUUCUUCAAAGCACUUAAUGAAUACGGUAAAGAUUUCGAUGCUCUGCAGAGUUAUUUCUUGAGUCAAGGCAAGAAGCGUGGUCUUCCAGAUGCUGUGAUAAAGAACAAGGAACAAAUUCGACACUUUUAUUACAGAACCUGGCUGAAAAUAUCAAAGCACUUAAAGUUCUCUGAAGAUGUUAAGAAGACCACUCAAGAAUUGUAUGGGUUGAUAAAUUAUGGAGAACUGAGAAGAAAAUUGCCUCGAAUUCAUGAGAAAGUUCAUUUAAGAUUAAAUGAAUUAGUAUAUUGGGGAUCUACACAAGUCAGGUUAAAGGGAAAAACUAUUAGGAUUAAAACACCAAUAUGUAGAACACUUAGAAAGUUGAAUCAACUAGAAGAUUGGCAGGAAGAAAUAAAAUUACCCUCUAGAAUUACUAUAGAACUGAGACCACGUAAUAACAUGGCUUGGUGGCAAGUACAAGCAGUCUCUAUGAAUCCCAGAGUGCGUACACUUCUUCCCAUGCAGAGACGUCUCUCAAGUUUAUUAAUUUUUCUACAACAACGAUGGAGACUCACAAAGUACACCACAUGUUCUACUGAAAAUUUUAUUGCCAAUGACAUAAAAGAUACUCGUUUAUUACGAGUCGCUCCAGUAGAAGGCUGUAAAAUUUCUUUGCCGAUGAUCAAUCUUGGAGAAUAUCUUACUAGCAGUAGCGUUAGUUUGAACUCAUAUGAGAAACGUCUUGGUUUGAAAAGCUCGAAGUUAGACCUAUUGGGAUCCGUUCAGCACUUGAAAGGAGCUGGAAAAAAAGGAAUUAAACGAUCUAAAUUGGAUAAAAAACUUGUGAGCCGCGCCGAUGAAAAUUGUACACUACCAGAUGGAAACAGUGAUGUGGAUCUUUUGGAAACAGGAAGCAACGUAUCUGAAAAACUAGUAAUGACAAAUAACACAGAGAAACUUUUGCCGGAAAAUACUUCAGAGCCUAACAGGUUUCCUGGUAGAGAAACUAUUGAGAGAAUUCGAAAAGGUUGGAACAUCGAGGAAGCAAAUACAAUAACCGUUGGCGAUCUUUUCUUAAUGUUCGGCCGUGAAUCAAAAAUUACUUUGGAAUAUUGGUGGGAUUGGGUACAAAAUGAACAAUAUACAUCCGAUUCAGCGUCAUCAAAUAUUGUGCGUGAUGAUAGUUUAUGUUUGAUUCUGCAAAAGUUAUUGUCACUGGCAAAACAUAAUUACGGUACAAAUAAGGUAUACGACAACACCUCAGGAAGUAACGAAACGGUUAUUUCAUCUCGAGUUCCUUCUAUCAAAGACUCUACAUUCAGAAGACCUCUUAUUCCACAAAUAUAUCCCAAGAUCAGCACAGCUGAUGCAUUUAAAACUCAACUUGAUAAAUUUAAAACGCGGUUUUGCAAACGAGGAAGAACAGUGAGACAAAAAAGUCUCGUAAUACAAAGAGUAUUGCCCAUUAUAUCCGCACCAAACAUGCUGUCAGAAAAUUUCAAGACUGAUGCAAAUAAAAGCGACGCAUCUUCGUUAUGUCAAACGCAAACUGACAAAAUAAUAGCGGCAGACGUGAGCGAAGCCCAGGAGAAGAUUUUCUUGGAAGCUCUGGAGACAAGCGGAGAUGCGAAGAACACUAAUUCGAUUAUUACCAGUGCUACUCAAAUUCUUAAAGAAGGCGAACACCAGUGGUUAAACAGUGAGGUUGCAGAUUUUUCGUUAAGUAGCUUCUUAGGGCAGCUUGAGUCACCUAUGAAAGGUUCGCAAAGAAGUCAAACGGGUGAACAAAUUAUCGAUGACGCUCGCCCUUCUUCGGAUGUGGUCUCACACAUGCAGUGCCUCAUGGGGGAAAACAGUGUGGAUUACAUGACGAAAUUUGCAAAUUUCGCUUCGCAAUUGACUUCUGAUGAAAAUAAAAAAUAGGCGUCUCGUGUAUUAUUUAUCGGAUAAUUUAUAUGUAUAUCUUUGAAUAUAUAUAAUUUGCAAAUAGGAAUUUGACGAUCGUUCUUGGUAAAAUAAAAAUAAUUUUUAAGUGUGUAUAUAUAUUUAUUUAAGAGAAAAACACAACUGUGUGAACAUAGUGACAUAAUUAACUAAGUAUAAAUUGAAGUGAGUUAUCGAACCAAUAUAUGUAUAAACUCUAAAUACGCGAAACAAGACAAACGAAUGAUAUACAAGCAAUUAUUAUACUUUUGUUUAUAAUGUGUAAGUUUUUUCUGAAAGGUAUUGUCUCGGCGAUAGAAAAACGCAAUAUCAAGUUAGCGUAGAAACUCAAACGUAUGAUAAUUUUUACACGUAUACAUUGUUGUAUAAAUAAGUAGUAUUUUAUAAUUUAUGACAGAAAUAUAUACAACUUUUACAAGUAAUAUAUCUUAUUAUAUCUUUCUUAUUAUGCUUCUUGAGUAUUGUAUGAUGAACGGAGCAUUUUGUUGUAUGUGCAAAUGAUGUAUUUGUAUUCUUAGAAUUGGUAUCUACGAUAAUUUCUUCGAAGUUGCGGAAUACACAAAAUGAUUCAUGGUGAUUACGUCUGUGCAACUACUACACAAUAACAUUUAUACAGAUCUGUGUGUAAUUUGUAUUAAUUACACACAAGUAUAAUUCUGUCUCUAUAAACACGCGCGCUUUUUCUUGUAAAUU